UAAACAUCCAGCCAAAAAGUGACACGUGUAGUCUCAUAUCGGGAAAGCUAAUCCAGGACUCCUCUUGUCCAUCAUUCAUUCAUGCUCACCCAAAACUUUUCUUCACCCACUGUAAACCAGCAGAGAGAGACAGAGAGAAUGGCUGCUAAAGCCUUGUUUGGCUGCACUGCAAUAUUUGAGAAGAAUGCUUCUUUUUCUCCCCUUCUCAUCAAAUCUAUGGCUACCCAGAAGCCUAUUCCAGCAGCUAGUAGAACUGUUAGCUCCAAGAAGAAUUCAACUGUGUUCCCUCUAGGAGAAGGUCCCCGGAGUAGCCCUUUAACAAGUACCCCACCAGUGAAGUUGCUGACAAGGGUGGAGCAGUUGAAGCUACUGACAAAAGCUGAGAAGGCCGGGUUGUUAUCUGCAGCCGAGAAGUUCGGGCUCUCGCUGUCGACAAUAGAGAAGCUUGGGCUGCUGUCAAAGGCAGAGGAAUUGGGAGUCUUAUCAGCAGCCACUGAUCCAGGAACUCCAGGAGCAUUGUUGACCCUCAGCUUAGUGUUACUAAUUUUGGGUCCUUCUUGUGUUUAUCUUGUGCCUGAGGAUUACCCUUGGGAGCUAGCCCUUCAAGCUCUUGUUGUUUUGCUUUCUGUGGUUGGGGGUUCUGCAGCUUUUGCUGCAUCAAAUUUCGUAUCUAAUUUGCAGAGAUCCAAUUGAUUAAUGAGAUUAAAUUGAAGAAUUAAACUUAAAACAGAAA